UAAAAAAGGAGCAGGAGAAGCUUUGAGGGAAGAUGCGGAUGGCGGAGGAGGAAUGAGUUAAAAAGCAGCGGAAAAAAACAGGGAUACAGGCAGAGCAACGCGCACACAUCCCGCAGUGAGAAAGCGGGGUUUGUCUGCGGCAGGAUUGUAUCGCCAAAGAGCCGCUUUGCUUAUAUUGUCGUCGAAGAUUUCUUUACACACACCGGGCUGUACCGGCGGGUUGCCUCAUUGGUGGUCCUACCUGUCCAAGACUCUCUGUUUGAUGACUCAAGGAGACUGGCAAGGACAAGCUGUAUUCUCACUGAAGGGCAUCCUUCAUCUCUGCUCGAGGCUUACCUGCUGGGUGGUUUAGCACAAUCCUCUGUUCUCAUGCUGGGAAAUGAGAAACUCACACAGGAGGACGGGGGCCCAGGCUAUAGAAAGAGAGAAACAGCCGUGCAGGGAGCAGCAGUUCAUGGAAGACAAGAAAAGGAAGAAAGACGAUAAGAAGAAGAAAGAAGCCGCUCAGAAGGUUGCAGAACAAAAAACCAAAGUGCCCGAGGUGACAAAGCCGGGCCCCGCCCAGCCGCCGGCCGCCAGCCCUGUUGGCAGCAGCCCCGCGCCACCCGCCAACGGUGGCAACAAUGCCAAGAGGGUGGCGGUGCCGAACGGACAGCCGCCCAGCGCCUCGGCGCAGCGCUACAUGCCCAGGGAGGUGCCCCCGAGAUUCCGCUGCCAGCAGGACCACAAAGUCCUGCUGAAGCGCGGCCAGCCCCCUCCCCCGUCCUGCAUUCUCCUGGGGGGUGGGGGGCAGGCUCCCCUCACCCACCCCCAAUCCUCCGCAACCAACCAAGGGGACAGUGGAGUCCACACAGAUUCCGGCUCCUCUUCCUCCUCCUCCUCCUCCUCCUCCUCUGCUUCUACAAAUUAUGCAAAUUCCACGUGGGGGGUGGGGGGGGCGGGCCUUGCCCCCCCUCAAGGCUGGGACAAGGUGAUCGUAGACGGGUCUGACCUGGAGGAGUGGCCGAGCAUCGCCGGCAAGGAAGCAGAGGGCGCAGGCAGCGGGGUGGCAGCGCCUUCAGAGAGCAGCAGUGCUGUGGACAGCAGCAGCAACCCCAGUGCCUCAAGUGCCCUCCAGCAGCAGCAGCAGCAGCCACCACAAGGGACAGCCAAUUCCAGUUCUGCGGUGGGAAAUAAUGAAUGUGCGCAGGGCAGCGGUAGUGCAGGGGUCUGGACCCUGGCUACUGCUGGUGUUGGGAGUGGCAGUGGUGUCGGCGGGGCAAAGACCAAACCCGCUCAAUCUUCCAGUCCUUUGCCAGCAGCUGACACUGGUGGUAGUGGUGGGAUUGGCAGUUGGAAAGGCUCAGGCGGUGCCAACUUUAACCCAAAUAGCAACCCCUCGGCCUGGCCCGCCCUGGUCCAGGAGGGUCCCGGUGGCGGGGGGCCAGCACAGCUGAGGAAAGGAGAGCCAGAGGAGGUGAGGUUGGCUUCCAGCAACUCCCCUCCGAUGACGUCCUCUUACUCUAGUACCCCGUCCUCGUCCUCGUCCUCCUCCUCCUCUUCGUCUUCUAAUGCUAAUUCUGUGAGCCGCCUCCACCACCAUCAGACCUCGACCAGGGAUCGGCAGAAAAUGGAAGAGUCCCUGGGAUGGGGUGUGGGCCAGGAGCAGCAGCAGGCUGUCGGACCAAAAAUAAACCCAGGCAACGGGGCCGGCUGUGGAGAGGAAGGUAGCAGGGGCCUCGGGGGUGACUCAACGACAGGUUUGGAUGAAUCCUCCUGGAGAUCUCAGCCAAAGCCGGGGGGUUUAAGGACUGAUCCUUGGGACAGCCGAGGUGGAAUCGGCACUACAACUACCACGACUGCUUCUACUUCUUCAUCUUGGGGUAACGGGAAUCAGGACAGUGGGAAGGGUGGUAAAACAUGGGGUAGCGGCACAGGGGAGGGAGGGAAAAAUACCGGUGGGGUAACUCAGGGAGUGUGGGGCGGAGCCGCUGUGGCGGGAGAGGACCUUUCAGUCGGGGAAUGGGGCGCGGGAGGGCCGAACAGUGGCAGCCCAUCUGUAGUCACGAACAACACCACCACCACCACCACCAUCCCCAGCACUGCUGGAGCAUGGGACAAUCAGAAGGGACUACAGGUGGAAGAUGGGCCAGGGAGUACCCCCUCCUGCUGGGGAAUGGCUUCCAGCUCGGCCGGGAGUGAAGGCGGAGGGCAGGGCAGCACUGGAAGCAACCCCCGGUCUGGAGGAGGCGGUGCCGGCAGUGGGGGUCACCCCUCUUCCUCGAGGGGGGGUGGCGGCAGGUUGCAUCACCCAAGGAAUCUGCUAUCCGACCCGGAAGUGGCCUUACAGACCAUGCUGAGCAGGACUGAUUUGGAUCCUCGAGUUCUGUCCAACUCGGGCUGGGGCCAAACCCAAAUCAGGCAGAAUGUGGAGUGGGACUACGAGGAGUCCAGAAGUGGCGGCGGGGGGUGUAACGCUGCUAAUCUGAUUAGUGCCCCCUCUGCAGGGGACGGCAGGAAGGGGGGUAGUGGCAGCAGCAGAGGGACGGAAGGCUGGGAGAGCGCUCCUGUUGGUUCGUUGACGGGUAACCCUGCCAAUAACAGCAGUGCUGCUUCUGUUUCUGCGAACGCUGCUGUCAAAAACAACCACCCCACCAUGACUACUAUGACUUCUUCUUCUGUCGCCAACAACACAGCCAUCCAGGCGAAGAACUCAGGGGGCAAUUGUGGAGGCUGGGGAGGAGAGCCCCUCCCUCCUGGCCAAAGCAGUGAUCAAGCCAAGGGCUGGGGGGAGGGAGAGUGGAGGGACAGGAGAGGAGGAGGCAACCAAGGGGGCUGGGGUGACUACAAUAAACCUACUCCGCAGCAGCCUCCUCCUUUAGCAGCAAGCUGGGGGGGAGGUGGCAACCCCGGGCCAGGCAGAGGGAGCCAGGAGGACAAGAGCGUACCUGCAGCCCCCUCCCCUUCGUCCUGGAAGGACGGGGGCAAGGAUGCCGGAUGGGGGAGGCAAGCGGGAAGCGGCUCUGGCUGGAUUUCUGCUGGUAAAAACAACGGUUGGGGAGAACCCGACCUGGCAGCCAACAAAACGGGUUGGGGAGGGGGGCAUGGAAAAAUGGGUUUGGGAGGAGUAGGAGAGGCAGAGAUGGGGGCUUGGAGUGGAGGGGGCGGUGGCAGCUCGAAUUCAGGUUGGGAAGACCCUCCGGGAAGAGGAUGGGGGGAACCUGGUGCGAAGCAGGGAGGUGGUUGGGGUAAGCAGCAGCAGCAGCAGCCACAGCCACUACAACAAGCUCCCCCACAUCACAUUCAGCAACAGCAGCAGGACACCGCCCUCCAGGGGUCUUGGGGUCAAAGCGGGGGGCGGCCCACCCAGAACUGGACUGCAGGUCCCGCACCCCCCACUGGCCCUGGGGAGGAGGAGCAGAGCGGCUGGGAGGAACCGUCCCCCCAGACCAUCAGCCGGACGGUGGACAUUGACGACGGCACCUCGGUUUGGGGGGACCCCGGCAGCUACAACUACAAGAGCGUGAACCUCUGGGACAAGAAUAGUGCAGCUCCACCGCAGCAGCAGCAGCAGCAGAAAACUGGAGGUGCUCCUCAGCCAACCAGGGACUUGAACCCGGGACCUGGAGGCCCCCCAGCAGUGGGAAAGACACCCAGCUCAGUAUGGAACAGCGGUGCCCCCUCUGGUCCGCCGGUGGAUAACGGCACAGCUGCCUGGUGCAAGCCCAGUGAAGGCAGCUCAGGCUGGGGAGAUCCCGAGGAUUCUGGGAAGGCUCAGUCAGGGUGGGGGAACCCCUCUCCCAACCCCAUCAGACCUGGUUCGAAAUCUAUGCAAGAGGGCUGGGGCGAGGGUGAGAGCCUGGUGACGGCAAAGCGGCACUCCAGCUGGGAGGAGGAUGAGGAGGGGGUGUGGAACAGUGCUGGGUCCCAGGGCACGAACGCUGGCUGGGGCCAGGGAGGAGGGGCAGGGGGCAAGAAGAUCAACAUUAAGGUACAGCUGCAACCGCUGCCUUCUUUCAAUGGUCCUUUGAAAGGAGGCAGUGGUGAACCUUGGAUGAACCCUCUGUCCAAGCAGUUCUCAAACAUGGGGCUCCUGAGCCAAGCUGAUGAUCCUGCAGGCAGUAAGAUGGAUUUGUCAGUUGGAGGCCCCCUGCAGGAUAAGAAGCUGGAGGCUGAGAAGCGAGGGAUGAAUCUGGGCGACUACAACGGAGAGCUGAGGAAGGGGAGACAGGUCUUCCGCCCGCCCAAUUCCAAAGACAUGGGACCGGGGGACUCCGGGCCCUACUACGACAAGCUGACCUUGCCUUUCUCCAAUCAGGAUGGGUGCCUCGGGGAUGACGGCCCCUGCUCCCCCUUCUCUCCUCCCCCCAACUACAAGCACUCCCCAUCGGGGGGCUCAGGACUCGGGUUCAACCCCCAGCACUUCAGCCCUGCUGCUACUGCUCGACAAGCUGGCAAUCAUGGAGUGUUUGGUGGUGGCAGCGGCAUGGCACAGUCGCGUGGCCUGCACCCGGCGUCGGUGCCACCCAUCAACCCUUCCGCCGGGCUGCGAGCGCAAGUGCCUCCCCAGUUCCUGUCCCCUCAGGUGUCCGCGUCCAUGCUGAAGCAGCUUCCUCAGAACAGCGGCUUGAACACGGGGCUGUUCAAUAUGGCCCCCCAGCUCUCCCCACAGCAAAUCGCAAUGCUGAGCCAGCUGCCUCAGAUACCACAGUUCCAGCUGGCUUGUCAGCUUCUCCUGCAACAGCAGCAGCAGCAGCAGCAGCAGCAGCAGCAGCAGCUCUUGCAGAACCAGAGGAAAUUCCCCCAGAACGUGAGGCAGCAACCAGACGCACAGCAGCUGGCCCGCAUGAUGAAUGCUCUUCAGCAGCACCAGAGGCAGCAGCAGUCUGCGGGAGGGAUGAAGCACUCUCCCUCUCACCUGGGGAUGCCCAAACAGCACCUGGACAACCUGGUGCACUCCGGCAUGCAGGACCUGCAUCCCAAAGGACAGGUGGCAGGAGGGUACUCUGGGUUUGGCUCCAGUGCGAGCCUCGGUGGCCUGGACUUCAACUCCAUGGUGGGGGGUGGCAAGGAGUCUGGCUCUCAGCAGUCUCGCUUCAAGCAGUGGACGUCCAUGAUGGACGGGCUGUCCCCCACAGCGUCCCCGCCAGAGCCCCCCAUGCACAAGAACGGUGCUUUUGUACCUCCAGGGAAGGUGCGAGGCAGCUCCCCCUACUCCCAGUAUGACAUGCUGGGUUCAGAUUCACUGGGCGGGCACAGCGCUGGGGACAGCUGGCUCCCACCCCGCUCCACCACCACCAAGAUGGGGAAUAAACCCAGCCACGCCAGCUGGCCACCGGAGUUCCAGCCGGGAGUGCCAUGGAAAGGGAUUCAGAGCGUGGACCCGGAGUCUGACCCUUACAUGACCCCCGGGAGCGUGCUGGGCGGCUCGGGCGUGUCUCCCAUCAUCGACACCGACCAUCAGCUCCUCAGAGACAACGCAGGUUCUAACCCUUCUCUGAACACCUCGCUGCCUUCACCCGGUGCCUGGCCCUACUGUGCCUCCGACAGCUCCUCCUUCUCACACGUGCACAGCACUUCAGCGAAGCACAGCGAGUACAAGUCCAGCUGGCCCCCUGACCCCAUCGGACACAGCAAGCUCUGGAAGAGCUCCCGCAACACUACAGCACUGCCCCGCCCCCCUCCUGGGCUCACCAAUCAAAAACAACCCUCUGCCUCCCCCUGGACUGGGGGAGCUCCUCGAUUGGCUCGAGGCUGGGGAGGCGGCAGUCAGGACUCCAGAUAUGUGGGAGGUUCAACGUGGAGUGACAGUGGGGUGGCCCGGACUAGCUGCUGGCUGGUGCUUAGUAACCUUACUCCGCAGAUCGACGGCUCGACCCUGCGUACGAUCUGCAUGCAGCAUGGCCCCCUGCUCACAUUCCACCUGAACCUGACGCAGGGCAGCGCUCUGAUCCGCUACAGCAGCAAGCAAGAGGCGGCCAAGGCACAGACUGCACUGCACAUGUGCGUGCUGGGGAACACCACCAUCCUGGCGGAGUUUGUGAGUGAGGAGGAGGUCAGCCGCUAUUUUGCACAUUCCCAGGGCGGAGUCACGGGCGGAGCUCAGAACACCUCAGUGUCAGCGUCUGUGUCGAGCAGCUCGGGAGGAGGAGGAGGAGGAGGAGGAGGGGGGGGGCGAGCGUGCCAGUGACGGGAGGAGGAGGAG